GGGGUGGGGAUGAAAAGGAAAUUUCAGAAAAUGGCCGCCACGAUGUCUUGGGAAAGUGUAUUGUUCCUGUCAAAGUAAUGAAAAUUUUCCAAAUUUAGUGCUUAAAAAUGGAAGAAACGAAAGUAAUUUACCAUAUUGACGACGAAGAGACUCCCUAUUUAGUGAAAAUACCCAUAUCGCCCGAUAAAGUGACUUUAGCGGACUUUAAAAAUGUUCUCAAUAGGCCCAAUUUUAAGUUUUUCUUCAAGUCGAUGGACGAUGAUUUUGGUGUGGUCAAAGAAGAAAUUAUAGAAGAUACUGCACAUCUUCCAUGCUUUAACGGCAGAGUUGUCAGUUGGUUGGUAUCUGCCGAUGGCUCAAACCAGUCCGAUGGAGGCUCACAAUGCACCGAUAGCGUUUCACACCCGGUCGAACCAAGAUUGCCACCACAAGCUCCAGAAUCUGUUUGUACCGAUACCGAAUCUAUUAUCAGCUCGAGACAGGGUAGAAGACAUCACAAGUACUCGUCUAGAAUCAAUGGGCACCUUCCAAGAGUAUAUGAGACUGCUUCGAUAGUGAGUUCUGACAUAGAAACUACAAGUUUCCAAUCUGAGACAACUGGUAGACACACAGCGCUUUCAGAAUGUUCCAGUGUUAGUAGACUUCAUGUAGCUGGCCGGAAACGACCUCAAAGACGACGAAAACAACGACUUCAGGCUAUGUCCAGGACAAGUUCAUAUUCUAGCAUAACUGAUUCUACAAUGUCAUUGAACAUUAUAACUGUUACACUAAAUAUGGAUACUGUAAAUUUUUUGGGCAUAUCGAUUGUGGGGCAAAGCAAUAAGGGUGGAGAUGGUGGCAUUUAUGUGGGUUCCAUUAUGAAAGGUGGCGCUGUGGCUCUUGAUGGUAGAAUAGAACCUGGAGAUAUGAUAUUACAAGUGAAUGAUGUCAACUUUGAAAAUAUGUCAAACGACGAGGCUGUUAAAGUGUUGAGAGAGGUGGUCCAAAAACCAGGACCAAUUAAAUUGGUGGUAGCUAAAUGUUGGGAUCCAAACCCCAAGGGAUACUUUACGAUACCCAGAACAGAACCUGUUAGACCAAUCGAUCCUGGUGCGUGGGUAGCUCAUACUGCAGCAGUAAGAGGCGAUCCAGUCGCUCGACCACCCAGCAGUUCAACAGUUUCGAGCACCUCAAUCGCAAGCACAAUUCCAGCAAACGAACGUGAGUGUUUGCUAGGUCCUGAUAUGGCUGAACCUUUGACUAUCAACUCUCCAAUGUCGGAAAUAGUGCAGGCGAUGCAACGACCCGACAGCGGAUUGGAAAUUCGAGAUCGUAUGUGGCUGAAAAUUACAAUUCCCAACGCCUUCAUUGGGACGGACAUGAUUGACUGGUUGUUGGCGCACAUCGAAGGGUUCCAGGAGCGUCGCGACGCCAGGAAAUAUGCUUCAAAUUUGUUGAAGGCGGGCUUUAUCAGGCAUACUGUCAACAAGAUUACUUUUUCCGAGCAGUGUUACUACAUUUUCGGUGACCUUUGCUCCGCCAUGAGCAAUUUAAAACUGCAAGGUGACACGGACAGCGUGGGUCCCUUGCCUAACGUGCCCAACUAUAUGCCGUACAGCGGCACCUAUAAUCCCUUGGAGUACAUGCCGAUGCCCUUUUACAGUGAAAACACUGUUUACGGCUACAAUAAGGAGGAGAGCGUGCUCAGCGGAAGCGGUGGCAGUUCCAAUGGUUCGGAUCCAAUGAAAGACAACGUAGCGCACAGCAGCGCCAGCGACUCGGACCUGACGUCGCUGGGUCCUCGAUCGGCGCCGCCCCACGUGAUCGGGGGCGGCACCAGCGGUAACGGCAACGGCAGCAGCAACGGAUCAGAGCGCAGCAGCGGCACCCAAGUGGCCGCCAGCGGCAAAGACAUAGCCGGUAGUAGACAAUCUUUUAAGAUCGCUAUGGGAAACCCGUGUGAGAUGUUUGUUGAUGUGAUGUAGAGUUGAGUUUGUUUCUUUUUAGGUAGGUUUAGUCAAUAAUUUCGUCUUUUUCUAUUGGUGAUUUUGUCAAGGGAUUAUACCUCAAAUAUGUAAUUGUAAUGGAAAUGCUCCCAGAGCCAUCAAAAAGUGGAAUUUAUUGAUUAGACUUACUAUAUAGUUUUGUUUCUUAUUGGCAGAUACUCAAUUAUUUAACACUUACUCUGUUGCUCAACUUCAUCAUAAAGGGGUCAUUUAGUGAAAUUAUAAAUUUUCACUUACUACACUUUGCUGAGCAUGAAAAUUUAGUUGAGCAAAAAGACUCAAUCAAUUUAAAAAAUAGGUGAUUCAGGCAGUUGAAAAUCUUCUAAAAUAGGUCAGGAUAUUAUUUGUGCCACAGUGAGCCUUUUGAAAUUUGAACACUGAAUAGAAAACAGGCGAAUCUUGGUUAUCAAAAAUACAUAAGUUUAAGAUGACUUAGAUCCGCUUACAUCAUUUUUUCAAAAUUUGCCACUUUCUCUGUGAAAAUUGAUCCCAUUGAGACCAUAACAUGAGUGACCUUUUCAACAACGGACAAAUCCGUAGUGAUCCCUUCCCUAGGCAGCUUUUUUACUUUUUGAAAACACAUGAAUUCAUUUAAAAAAAAAACCUCAACUCUUUCUAAUAAACUAACUGUUCGUUUGCAUUUUCUAAAAAUCUCAGUAAAACUAUACUUGAUGAGUGACAUAAAAAAAAAGCAGCAGGUCAGUGAUAUUGGUUUUUUUUUUUUGUUGUAGUUUUUGCUUGGGUUGUAUAACAUUGUUUUUAUAGUGUCCGAUAAUGGAUUGUUAAUUUUGUUUUAUUUUAUCAAAUUUCAAAUAUCUCUUAUCGCGAAAUACAAAUAAUUAAGCAAUACAUAUAAUAUUAAGAAAAUGAGAAUCGUUUCUCCUAUAUCAUUAUGCACCAACCAUAUUUUUUGAAUUUUGUAUAUAAUUAAAACAAAUGGUAUAUAUUUUAUGUUAUGAAUGUAAAAAAAAAAUAAUUAGUUUACCUAGUGUAGUUUUAUGUGCAUGAAGCAUGUCUUUGUUUUAUCAAAUAAAAUGUUUGUUUAUCUUUAAGCUUUUAUGUUUUAUUUGCCCGAGUUUUAAUUUUGUUUUUUAAUCGUAUAUGAAAAUGUCUACAGUAAAUUAUGUUUGAAAAUAUAUUCUCCAGAAAGUGCACAUUUUCAGGUUGA